GUGGCCUGGGACCUGGCGGGCCCGGCCCGAGGCCCCGGAGACCCCGGGGAGACCCCGGACGCGACCCCGGUGCUGAUGCUGGGCGACCUGGAAAGGACCCGGGACGGGAAGCUGCAGUGCCCGUGCUGCAGCUACGCCAGCGAGAGGGCGGAGCGGCUGGUGGAGCACACCCGCGUGCACACGGGCGAGAAGCCGCACCGCUGCCGCCUCUGCCCCUUCGCCUCGGCCUACGAGCGCUACCUCGAGGCCCACGUGCGCUCGCACACCGGGGAGAAGCCGUACAAGUGCGAGCUGUGCGCCUAUCGCUGCAGCUACAGGAGCAACCUGUCCCACCAUCGAAGGCGCAGGCACAAGCUCUUGCCGCUGACCGGGCCCCGGGCCGCCCCCUUCACCGGCAUGAAAACGUGGGGGGGCCUGCAGGGUAAAAGCAACGCGGAGGAUGGCAAACGAGGGCUGCUCAUCGCCUUCGGUCCACCUUCUGUGGUCCUUCAGAAACCGGACUACCCUGGUGAUUUUACGCGCAAGGCCCCGCAUGUUCGGAACGACCUCUACGACAGUAUGGAUAAAGCCUCAGUCUGCGGACUGCCGAGGGACCCCGAAGAACUCUUGCUUAUGGACAGUCCUUUGAAUCAGAUGUCUGCUCUCGCAGGACGCUUGUCUAGGUUGCCACCUGAAAACCAAAACCUGGCCUCCCCUGACGGAGACUCCAGCCUAGAGGAAAAUCUUUUCAUGAUUCAAGAGCCCUCUGCCCACGGGAGUGCCCCACAGAGCUCCCCCAUAGCCCUGGAGCCUCCUCUCCUACCAUUUAGUCAGAGGGACCGCAGUCCAUUUGCAGGGCCCAGCAGCCAGCCAAGUGGCCGCACCAGCGCCUCCAUCUUUGGAAGCAGCCAGCCAAGCACUCCGGCCCUAACCUUGCCGAUGGAGGACUCUCAGCUUCUUUACCAUUGCCAGCACUGUGACACGUACUUUGCAGACAAUGUCCUUUACACUAUUCACAUGGGAUGCCAUGUGUGUGACAAUCCGUUUCAGUGUAACACAUGUGGACACAAUUGUAAAAACAAGUACGAUUUUGCCUGUCAUUUUGCAAGAGGCCAACAUAACUAGAAGUGAGAACAACCAACCUUAUCUUUGCCCAGUUUAGCCUUUGGGGGUGAUUAUAGUUUGCUUUUGGUUACUCCUGGUAGGGCAUUUUCUAAUUUAAAACUUAUUAUAUAUUGUGAGAUAUAAAUUUGAUGGUGGAAACCGCUGCCCUCCUGCCUUCACCCUCUCUCCCCUUUUCCCUCCCCCCCUUUUUUUAUAUAAAAUUUGAUCUGAUCAAGGUUAUUUAGACACUAGAAUAUUUACUACUUUCAACAAGUCCUGUGAGAAUUUGUACCAGGUGUUUAAUUUUUUCCCUAUUUAUGGCCAUUUAGGCUUUAAAGAUUGUUCAUACUCUUGGUAUUUCUAAUAUUCAUUGCACUUAGGUAUUAUUUCUGUCGUAUUUCAAAAUAGUAGAAUAAUUUUGCUUCUAUAAAGCUCUUAGACCCUAUUUCUAUCCUGAUAAUAACUUUGAAGUUGCCAUUGGUUGAAGUAUUGAAGUAUUGAUUAGUUCCUAUACUUAAAUUGGAGUAGUAGUUUCCUUUCAAGUGGAAACAGUAAGGUUGUCUCAGUGUAGUAACUUUUUUUUUCUGCAUAGGGAAUUUUUUUUUUUUUUAAGUUAUAAAGAUAGGUGAAAGUUCUGAAAAGAAAUGAAACACAGGACCAAGUUUCCUUUAACCUAAAUUGUUUACUAUUUAUAAUACGUAUGGAGUCAAUGUCUCAUUUUAAAAUACCUAUGAAGUCAGUGUCUAAUUGAGAUACGUUAAUAACCCAUUGAGCUGCUUAUGCUUUAAGUUUAUUUUUUAAAACCAGAGGAAAAGGUAACAGUGUUUUUGUACAGUGUGUGCAGUUUCAGUUUCUCAGUUAAAUUCUUCAUUGAGACAUGACUGGUGUUUGUUGAGAUUGGUAACUGUAGUGAGACUGUGUUUCCCAUUGUUUUGAUGACCGAAAAAGAGGUACAGUGGAAUUCAUGCAUUUUAAAUUGUAGCCAUUCUCCAGGCCCUUUCAAGGCAGUGAGUGACCUUACCAGUGCCUGAACUAUGAACUUCAGGCCUUUAGGACAGUGUAGAUUAAGUUAUCACUGCUGCCAUGUGUGUGCAGCUUGGAUACAGCAGCCACAAAAGCUUCCUGCAGGCUUCUGGGAACAUCUGAUUUUCUACUUUCUGUGUUUCUUACUGAGAAUGAGACUCUUCUGAGCAGGCACACUAAAGCUGAGCUGACCCGCUUCCUGGGUGUUCCUCGUUUGGCCUUUACGAAUGCUGCUGACAAACUGAAGGCACAGGAUGAGCCCCAGCCCUGGAUUACACUGCCUGGGCACCGAGGGCCCAUAGAAUCCAUGAUAAUCAUUUCUCUAUGGCAGGCCCCACCUUGACUGGAGGAGGCUCCCUAGUGUGGAGACAUCAGGUAGGUUCUCCUGUCUUGUAGCAGCAGCAGAGCUUAUUCCAGGGAGGUCCUCACAGAAGAGAUGAGCUGGUAGUCCUGCCUCAUAUUCCACAGACCACUUUUAUUUUAUAUUGGCAGCCCUCAACUCCAGGUACAGCCCAGCAGGCGCCUGCUGCCCCAUUCCUUUCACCAAACAGAGCCAGGCUACGAAUGGCUUCUUUCCGGCCUCUUUUCCACCUCAGGCGGGCUUCUGUGAGCUCUGACUUCAGUAUUUAAUGGCCACAUCUGUGUCCCUUUUAUGACCUGACAGAAGCCUGGCCCAUUUCAAGCUCCUUAGUUUCCAGGGCUUCCAAGGAGCCCUCUAACGGGAACUGUGGAGUUAAGAGCUACUGAUUUCUUUAGAAUUUUUCAUUGAAUUCUUAACACAUGUUAUGGGACUGAAUGGUGUCUCACUCAAAUUCUUAUGUUGAAAUUCCCUGAGCUUAAGAACGUGGCUGUAUUUGGACAUAAAGUCUUGAGAGGACCCAGGUCAGAUGAGGUCACAUGGAUGAGUUCUAAUCUGAUAUGACUGAUAUCCCUGUGAGAAGGAGAUUGGGACACAGAUCUGCACAGAUGCUUGGCCAGAGAAGAAAGGGAGAGGCUGACUAACACCUGUAAGCCAAAGGCAAAGGCCUUGGAAGGGACUGGGCUUCCCUGCAUUGUGUUGUCAGAUUUCUAGUCCCCAGAACUGUGAAGAAGUACAUGUCUGAGUUAAAGCAUCCUGGGCUAUAGCAGUAAAUUGCUAAGGCAGCCCAGCAAGCUUAUGAAGUCUACCAGUGUCUGUCUUUGUUUCAUGUUUGGUUUUGUUUGUUUUGAGUCAGGGUCUUACUAUGUAGCCUUGGGUGGCCUGGAACUCACUGUGCAUACCUGCUUGCCCUGUAGCUCAUAGAGAUCCCUUUGCCUUUGUCUUCCUAGUAUGGGGAUUAAAGGUGUGUACUGUUUUCUUUUUUAAGGAAGAAAACUUCCUAAGGAGGCAGAGGCACAGAGGAGAACGAAACACGAGUUCCAGGACCCUGUGUUUUAUAGCUCGGUACAGUGAGAGAGUGAUUUCCUGGGUUUACCUAGUUCUUCAUGUAUUGGGUUUUGUUUAUUAGUACUUCCUUUGGAAUGUAGCACAGCAUCUACUUUACAUUCUCUGGUAGAUUGCUACCUACCUGAUAGUACUUUGUACGUUUUCCUUAGCUGCUUUGGUGAUGUAUUACAUGAUCAGUGCCAAAAUAAGUUAUUGGGUAAGAUUGAAAGGACUCACAAACUAGACCAGGUUGUUGAGGGAUGCUGAAUUUCUUCACCCACAUAACCCCACUGUUGGUCCUUAGCACUGAGGUCAGUAAAAUGAGGAAAGUGACAUUUAGGAAAUUGAGUCACAUUUAAAGCAUUAAAGUCUCUUAUUUUAUUUUUAUACUUAAAUUUAUCUACCAUAGUAAAAAAUAAUUAAGUCAAAGAAUCCACUUUCACUACCAUUUAUACUUCAGGGUAGAGAAUUGAUCCGAACUAGGCCCUCUGAAUGUGGGUGACAGUUGUGUGGCUUGGGCAGUUUGUGGGGCCCCUGGCAG